AUGGACCACGUCAUACCAGGGAAGGCCCCUGUUGUUCCACUGCGUGCUGUGAUUGGAGUCCUCGGCUUCCUGGGGAUAGUUUUCCAGUACGUCCUGAAGGUGACCUUGUCCGUAGCCAUCGGCGGAAUGGUGAACCACACAACAAGUGGCGCAGUUGACACCAGCACGUGUCCGCUGCCAGACGGCACCAGCACCGGCGAAUCAAUCACAGAGGAAGGUGAAUUUGACUGGGGCGACAAGAUGCAGGGGUACAUCCUGUCGUCGUACUACUACGGCUACGCUGCGACCAACAUACUCGGUGGGUACGCAGCGGCGCGUUUCAGCGCCCGCUGGGUGUACGGGCUAGGACUCCUCAUCGCGGGGGUCUUCACCAUUCUUGGACCGGGCGUCGUGAUACCAGCAAUGCACGUCCUUUUUGCAAAGUGGUUCCCCGAGCACGAGCGCCAGAGGUUAACAGGAGCUGUUUUCUCAGCGUGCGUCGGCAGCGCGCUGUGCCUGCUGGGAGUGACGCUGGUCGACUGUGACGUCACACUGAUCAUCGUGCUGUUCGUGCUGACGAUGGUGUGCCGCUGCGCCGUGUACGGCGGCUCCUACAUGAACCACCUCUACCUCUUCCCGCACUCGUACGGCGGCGCGGCCGGGCUCGCGCUGACCGGCGCCAACGUGUCCGGCAUCAUAACGCCAAUUGUCACCGGCGCCUUUGUUUCGGGACGGCAAACGGUACAGCAGUGGAAAUACGUUUUCUAUCUAGCAAUGGGUAUCUCUGCAGUACCGUACAUUUUCUAUCUAAUUUUUGGCUCUGCUGAGGAUCAAGAAACUCCCUGGAUGGAGAAGAGAAAACUCAAGAGGAAACAACAAAGUGAACCUUGA